AACGGAUGUGAACCAACCUGGCAACCCUUCCUCUUCCUCUACUGCCGUUUCGUACUUCGCACGGUCUCGCCAUUUUGAUCCAACCACCAAACCCUGAAGUUGUACCACACUCUCAGAUUUAACUCACUGCAGAGAACACCAGACGAAACUUAUUCAGUGCAACAUGAGCGGGUGUCGUGUGUUCAUCGGCCGCCUCAGCCCGCAUGCCCGGGAGAGGGACGUGGAGAAGUUCUUCAAAGGAUACGGACGGAUCCGGGAGAUCAACCUGAAAAAUGGAUUCGGAUUUGUGGAGUUUGACGACCACAGAGAUGCCGACGAUGCGGUUUACGAGUUGAACGGAAAGGAAUUGUGCAGUGAAAGGGUCACAAUUGAGCUGGCUCGUUCCAGGAAAGGAAGGGGUGACGGAGCCGGCCCAGGGUCCAGCCGCUUCUCCCCACGGUUCAGCCAACAGCGUCAGUCCCGCAGCAGUGGAUCCAGGUAUGGCCCCCCUGUGCGUACAGACCACAGGCUCAUAGUGGAGAACCUCUCGUCUCGUAUCAGCUGGCAGGACCUGAAAGACCUGAUGAGGAAAGUAGGUGAAGUCACCUUUGUGGAUGCACACAGAACCAACAAAAAUGAAGGGGUGGUUGAGUUUGCGUCUCGCAGCGACCUGAAGAAUGCCAUCUCCAAGCUGGAUGGCACAGAUUUGAACGGACGAAAGCUGAAGAUCUUCGAGGAUCGCAGAAGGAGCCAAAGCAAGAGCCGCUCCCGCAGCUACUCCCGCUCCAAGAGCCGCUCCGUGAGCCGCCGGCGCUCCCGCUCCCGCAGCCGAUCCCCCCGCUCCCCCAGCCGCACCCCGGAGCGCAAGUCCUCCCGCAAGCCGGCGGCGCGCUCCCUCUCCCACUCGCCCUCCCGCUCCAAGUCUCGCUCCAAGUCCCGCUCCAAGUCCCGCUCUCGCUCCCCACGGCCCGCCCAGACCAAGCAGGCGUCCCGUUCCCGCUCGCGCUCGGUGUCGGCCGGCAGCCGGCACUGAUGGCGGGCCCGGCCCCACCGCCACCGCCACAGCGUAACGGACUGAUGCACGGACACCACCACCACCCUGACCCCACCCCUGUUAGACGGAGGCGGGCGGCCCUCCUUUGAUCCGGUGCGGGUCGCUCACCGGCUGGCGGGGCAGGGCCUCUGCAAGGAGGCAGUCUGUUCGUUCUAAAUGCUCUUGAACAUUGUUCUGUGGUAACGUCGUUGCUUCGUUUUUUUGUUCAUGGUUUGUUUUCCUUUUUCUCUUUAAAAUCCCUCCAGCGUGUCGGGGGGGGGGGGGGGGGGGGGGGGCUCUGAGUGGUGCGUCGUUUCGUCUGGUUUAGCGUAGGCCUUUUUGUUUGGUUCUGGACAAACACUUGAGUUCAGUUUUUUUUAAUUUUAGGCUGAGCGUGUCCGUCUCCAGAGUCAGCGAGCGAAGGGAGUCUCCCCCAGCAGCGGUGUUGUGAUGUGGUCACAUGCUGUGACUCCGUCGGCGAUGAAUCACCUGGAGUCCUCUUAAUAAUGAUUUAUUUUUCUGUUUUUACAUUCACUGCCCUGUUUAUGUGAAGUACUGCAUGCUCCAUUAACUUAAAUUCAGUUUGCGGUCUGUCGGUGUGAACUGGCCGUGGUGUAGGCGUCCUUUGGCUUUUCAAUUCUUCUGUGUCAGUCUAUCAAUAUUUUUACAGUAAAAACCUGGUUUUAAUGUCUGUCAUGUAGUCAAUUUUUUGUGUCGGUGUAAGUCGUUCUCUGGACUGCUCACAUUAAAGAGGCCCUUUUUGUUUUGUUAGCGGGCUCCAAAAGAUGAAGGUUGUCAUUGCGUCUGGACUUCGGAAUGAUCUUUACCUGGGACAUAUCAAACCAUCUCCAAUGGCCCUCUUGACUAUACCUCAUUUCAACAGUAGUGAUAACUUGACAUGCAAAUCUAACAUUUAUAAAGGUGAAAAAGAAAUGUAAAUAUUUUGAGUUUUAUUAACAGUUCAAUAAAAUUUGGUCCAAUUUUAAA